AUGUUGCGCAAUAUCUACAAAACACAUGCACGAUCGUCACCUCUUGUCAUGCGAGCACUGUCUCAGCAAAUAAGGACACACGCAACCACCGUUUCCGAUACACCAUCGCCACCCUCAUCCUCACAGUCGGCCAAGUCAAAACUCACACAGCUACGGGAACGUUUGGCAGCGGAGGAUGCUGCUAUUGACGAAUUCGUUAACACCGGCAGCACCGGCAAACUGUCACCUGAAGAAGCUCUCGAACUCAAGGAAACAGUGGUGGAAGCUGGCAAGCAAGUCAAGACAAAAAAGUUGAAACAACCUCGAUUGCCAGAAUGGCUCAAGACCGAUAUCCCAGCAGGUGGAAACUAUGCUCGUAUCAAAAAGGAUCUUCGUGGAUUGAAGUUACAUACUGUGUGUGAAGAAGCUCGGUGUCCCAACAUUAGUGAUUGCUGGGGUGGAGGUGAACAUCAAACUGCUACAGCCACUAUCAUGUUGAUGGGUGAUGAAUGUACACGUGGUUGCCGCUUCUGCUCUGUCAAGACCAAUCGCAAUCCUGCUCCUCUCGAUCCGCAUGAACCUGAACAUACCUCUGAAGCUAUUCGACGUUGGGGUCUCGAUUACGUUGUGCUUACCAGUGUGGAUCGUGAUGAUCUUGCCGAUGGUGGUUCCAAUCAUUUCGCCGAAACAAUUAGCAAAAUCAAGACCAAGGCACCUCAUAUCUUGGUUGAAUGUUUGACGGGUGAUUUCGGUGGUUCAUUGGAUUGUGUUGAAACGGUGGCCAAGUCUGGAUUGGAUGUUUAUGCACACAACAUUGAAACUGUUGAAGCCCUUACUCCCUAUGUGCGUGAUCGUCGUGCUGGUUUCCGCCAAUCCAUCAGUGUUCUCAAGCACGCCAAAGAGACUCGACCUGAUUUGAUUACCAAGACAUCGAUCAUGUUGGGAUGUGGUGAAACCGAUGAUGAAGUAUUGCACGCUUUACAAGAACUUCGCAAGGCAAAUGUGGACGUGGUGACACUUGGCCAGUACAUGCGACCUACCAAGCGACACAUGAAGGUGCACGAGUACGUCACACCUGAGAAAUUCAAGCACUGGGAAACGACCGGUAUGGAGAUGGGAUUCAAGUAUGUUGCCAGUGGUCCUCUAGUAAGAUCGAGUUACAAGGCUGGUGAAUUCUAUAUUAGCAACAUUCUUAAAAAGAGAAAGGGUGUUCCUGUACAAGCUGCAGAGGCAGAGGCAUCCAAAUCAUUGUAA